GUCUGGCAGCUUCUGUGGAGGAGAUUCCCUGAUCAACCUGUUUAGAGAUGCUAAUGACCAAUGGAGCUGCUGGGAGUUGAACCCAGGUCCCCUAGCUACGAGCAAGGGACAUUACCACCGCCGACCCAUGAACGAAUUAAGAAAAUAAAUACAAGAGUCGGGAGUUUAGGGUUUGCUCUGAGCGCUGAGUGUGGGCGCUAGGACCAGUGACAGGAGACUGCGCCGCAGAGGCGGGAUGAAAGGGUCUACACUGAGUCAAUGAAGACUGGAGUGUGGUUAGCUCACAGGAUCCCUCUCGACCCCAGCGACUGGGAAUGCACUGAGCCCAGCAGAGAGGAACAGCCCCUGCCCCAGUGUCAGGGGGCGGACUGUGCAUCCCCCCCAGCCCCUCAGUAACACAGGCAGCAAACUCUCACAGUGUGUGAGAGAGAGAGAGACGCUCAUCAACCUAUGGUUACAGGGAGCGGCGUGUGAAAGAGGCGAGAAAGGAGACAGAGGGAGGGAGAAGGCGAUGGGGAGGUUGGCCCUGUGCUGGGGGGCGCUGGCCCUUACUGCGUGCCUGCAGGGGGUCUCCGCUGGCUGCUAUCACCGAGAAAACCCCAAAUGCUGUGCCGGCAGGGAUAACCGGUGCCAGGAGCUGACCGUGAGGAGGACACUGUGCUACUGCGACGCUUACUGUCAGAAAACAGGAGACUGUUGUGAGGAUUUCCCCACGGUGUGUCAGAUAUCCGCUAUUGACUGUGUGGUGGGGCCCUGGGGUCACUGGACGGAGUGCAGUUCGCAGUGUGGCUUAGGGAGCCGUGACAGAGGACGCUUAGUCACCGUCCCACCCAGAAACGGAGGGAUACCCUGUCCCGAUUUGAAGCAACGAAGGGGCUGCUAUGGUCACAACCCUGAUGGAUGUCACUCAGUUAAAGAGGUGGCUAAGAUUUUGCCUGACACAUACAAGAGGAACUUCAAAGACCCUUGGAAGAGGCCUCAUAUGAUGGCAAAGGAGCAGAAGCCAAGCUACUGUGCUUAUCUCCGAAUGAAGCAGGUCAGUCCCUCCUGCCGACUUGGGCUACGGACUAGCCAACUGUUCCGGGAGAAAUACGUGUGUGUGGAGUGCCAAGGAGAAGCCAUGGGGAUCAGAGAUCGUUGUGAAGGUGAUGGGCUGGAAGGAACCAGAACGUUCUGGAUAUCGGCCUCCAAUGCCGCCUGCCAAGGAUCAUGGGUUCGUGAAUCUCUACGUGAAACUUGUCGCUGUCCCCCCAAGUCGCUGAUCUUCGUUUAACGCUGCUUUGGGUCUGACACGUAACCCCAAAGGGCAACAGAAGUCAUCUUUGGGGAGCCACAGAGAGGAGGGCCUGUGCAGAGCUAUUGUGACUCGCUGGACUCCAUCAUUUGGCAAUGAGAUGGGAGACUUGUAAAAAAAGACUGAAGGAGAGACUAUAUAACCUUGCUGCAUGCUAUUUACCUCAAUAUCCUUCUACGUAAGCACAUGCAGAGUCUUAUAACCUCACAACUGAACAAUGAAACUCUCAAAGCACAAAGAGAACAGCUAAGAAGCUUUAAACCUUUUACCUCUGAAACUCUGCUGAAAGCUACCUCCAUAAACACACUUGCGUUUAUUAAAAAAAACAAAAAAAAAUCCUUUCAAUGGUUUUCUACUAUUUGUCAAGUUUUGUUUGUAAUUGUCUAUCCAUAUGCUAUGUAACUGGGAACAGCAAAGAUGGGAAUGUUUAGAUACAAAUACUGAAUAUUAUUUAAAAUUACUUCUGAAUAAAUCCAUUAUCAUUACAA